AUGAAGAACCACAAAAAGAACUUCGACGAUCACGAAUACUGUCACAAGUGCGACGAGGAUUUCGAAACCUUUGAAGACUACGCCAUGCACAAGAUCACACGGCCUGAGGAGCAUGGACAAGCAUGCCGCGUCUGUGGCGACGAGUUCAAGAGCACGUCUGGCUUAAAGCGUCACAUUGAGCGUAACCACAAGGUUGAUCAGGAGCUUACCUGCAUCGGCUGUCAGAAGUCCUUCUACCGUGCAUGCCUCUUCAUCGAGCACCUCGAGUUUGGUCACUGUGAGGUCAUUCAAGCCUCCCAGUUCCAAGGCCACGUCGUCCAUAAGCAUCUCGUCGAGAAAUAUCUAGAGGACGGUCCAGCAUGGAACCGAUUGCAGCAAAAGAUGUCCAAGUACGAGGCAGCUAUCGACGUAGAAGAGGUCGGAGGUGUUCUGCUCAGCGAUGACCCCAUCGAUGACAGCACAGAUAUUGAGGACGUCCAAUUCGAGGCGAUCAAGCCCGAUCCUUCCCUAGAAGAUCCACACACUCCGGUAUUCAGCGGUCACUACCCUCCUCUGCCUACUCAGAGCGGGUUCAUGUCGGGCGUAGACAUGGAGGUUGCAUCGAUGAUAGACGGCAUGUCUUUCAACGGAGACGUCGAUGUCGACUCUGAUGGCUCAACGGUCAUCAGAUCUCCUGCUGCGUCCAAUUUCCCAACGAUUCCCCCAUCACCUUUCGGAUGUGACGCUAUCCAGAGUCAGCAUGGCUCUUUCGUUCAUGAUGGUUCUAAGGUUCAGGGCUCCAGUGUUUCUUCGUCCAAUCAUGAGACCAAGGUUUGGGGCCCUCGCAAGGGCAAAUCAACAGGCUCUAUAUUGUUUCCGAACGCCAAACCCAAAGCUCCUCCCAGUGACUUCUCUGUUUCUGCACACGAUGAGGCUAUGGAGCAUGCACAUGGUCCCAAUCUCUUUCGUGAUCGCUUCUGGGAUCCGAUGAGUUCCGACUGGAACCCAGAGAGGUUCUACGACUCAAUCGUCAACAAGUACUAUUGUCCAUUCGUCUGCGAGCAAAACUUUGACAUUCGCCAAGAUCUCAACAACCACAUUCUCGUCGACCACCGCAUAACACGCGUGAAGUGCCCCAAAUGCCUCAAGUACUUCAAGUCUGCCACCGCUCUCAUGGCUCACUGCGAAUCCCAUGGUUCUAAAUGUACCAUCAACCACACUGAUAACUUUGGCGUCUUCCUCGACAGGAUGUCCGGUGGCUUCCUUGGUGUACAAGAGAAGAUCCGCCCUGAUCAUCUCAACACCCGACCCACCUUGCGGAGGAAUGCGGAGACUGGGCAUAUGGAGAUGUACAAGCCGCCUGUUGCUAGUUAUCUGCAGUAUACCGUCACUACGCCUCCAGACUGGAAGAAUCCCGUACACUCGGCCAUACAGAUCGGUGGUAUACCCAGGAAGUCACAUUGGUAA